GAUUUUUGUCGAGCUCGAUCCAUCGGCGCUAGGCUAUGGAUUUGUAGGAAAGGGAAUAAUGUCAACGACACACAGCUUGAUGUAUUUGUAAUCUCACUCGGUUCCUGGUUGAAGUCGGAAGCGGGAGGAUUUGUGAAAACCGCUUGGUGGAUAUAUUCACAAUGGAACGUGUCAAAAGGGAAUUUCGGCUCAGAAACUUCGGGUUCUGCGACACAUCGCCGGAGGAGUUUUACCGAUUUCAGUUUUACUGGCCUAGGCAGCCGACUAGCUACGUCGUGUACCGAGUGAUCAUCGCUUUCUACCAAGUCUUAUGGAAUGCUCUGGUGAUCAUUUACUGGGACGACACCCGAUUCUACCGACCUGUCGACACGACUGCCAAAUGGCCGAUCUAUCUCUCAAAUUGGUCUUUCUUCUUCCUCACCCUUUAUUUCGUCACAGCAGCCGCUUCAGCUGUGACGUAUCACCUCAGCAAGAGCAAGAGUAAAGUGUCUUCCACGUCUCCCGAAUCAACUCGGAUCGGAUCCAUCAAAACAACCUCACCGAUUCUACCCGCGUCCGGGGACCCGACAGAGCCCGACCUCUCCUUCGUCACCCGACCGUUACCAUGGUACUUCAAGCUCACCUGGUUCCUCCAGAGCAUCGCGUCAUCCGCGGUCCUCUUCGUUGCCAUGGGUUACUGGUUCUUCGAGUACAACCCCGAGCUGGAGAAACUCCACGUGUUCACCCUCCACGUGCACGCCGUCGGGACGGUGCUCGCGCUGGUUGAUUUCACGGUCGUCGCGCACCCAUUCCGCGUGUUGCACUUUGUCUACCCGGUGCUCUAUUUCACUGUGUACAUCAUCUUCACGGUGAUCUACUACUACGCGGGGGGUAUCAACCCGUACGGGGGAAAAGAGAUGUACGAGGGUCUAAUCGACUGGGAGGACGGCGUCAAGGAUAGCGUGGCAAUGACCAUGGUGUUUAUCUUUGUGUUAGGUCCGGUGUUGCACGCGAUGUAUUUUGGACUGUAUCUCCUGCGGCGUUUGGUGGCUGGCGAGAUUUCGGUGUCGUGUCGACGGCGUCGAGGAGGUCGCGCAGGUGCCGGAGAGAAGAGCAGGGGUGAGGGGGAGGAUGCGGAAAAGGAGGAAGAUCGCAAGAGACUGGACGAGAAUAUUGAAAAUUGCAACACAGAAUGUUAAAUUACUCGUAUGUGUCGAUAAUCAUAAUUAUCACAAAUGUCUUGCAGUAAAUUCGACAAAUGGUUGUUACAUACAUUUCUUUAAAGC